AAAAAGUAUCCAUUAACUUUAAAGCCAGCACUUUUGAAAAUGUUAAAAUAUAAAUCACUUAAGGAUAGUCCAACAAAGAUUAGAGCCCACUCUUUCAAUAUGACAGAGGCAAAUUCAAAGGACUCGGCUGCGUUUCAGAUGCAAAAAGAAGUUAGUGGCUCGGCUUCCAGCCAAGAUGAUACAGCUCCGGAAAAACAGGGAGCUACAUCCGGUGCUAAGGGAGAUAACUUGGAAGACCUGUUUUCAACUUUAAAGCAGCAGAUAUCCAGCUCUGAUUGGUUGAAGGAGAACACUGCUGAAAAAUGGGUGAAGGAAAACCCAGAACUCGCUAAAGACUACAUGGAUGCAGCGAAAAAAUCUUGAUAUUUGUUUUUGUGUAACCUUUUAACAUUUAGUUAUGUGCAACCUUGCAAGCUUGGAUGUUGAUGAGGAAUCAGUGAAAAAAUUCUUGAUAUCUAGUGGCAUGUAGCCAUGCAAGCUUAAUGGAAGUGACAUUCGGAGCUCCUUGGCCAUUUUAUCGAAGUUUAAAUUUAUUGCCAGUGAAGAGAAUUAUUGUAAACAAAAUUAAGAUUCCCACGAUUUAAGUCAUAAAGUUUAACUGCUUAAUAAAAUUACUACGCGAUCUACUUGCAGCGGACUUAAACGUGCCACUUUAUGAGUAUGUAAACCGUCCAAAUACAUCCGAGGUUGUUUUCGAUAAAAUGGCCGAGGAGUUUCGAAUGUGGAAGUGAUUGACUACAAAACAGGUGUCAAAUAAUCUUGAAAUUUAGUGAUGUGUAACUUUGAAACAUUUAGUGGGGUUUUACCUUGUAAAUCCAGUGAAUCAGAAUUGAACAGAAAACUAAAGAUUAAAACAAAUUAGUGAUGGUUAUCGGCACUGAUGUAAUAAUCGAUUAAUCUGCUGGCAUGUUUAACCGAUUAUUUCGAUUAAUCUGCAUUUGCAUAAAGUUGUACUUUUUCACUAUUUGACAUUUGAAUUGCAUGUACAUGUAUAAAUCUUUAUGGCAGUACACUAUAUUGUAAGAUAAAUCAACUGUGAAUAAAAAGUCAGUCUCUUUUAUAAA